CUUGCGAGUCUUCCACCAUCGCUCUCAGCGCUCUCUCAGCAAACAGAGGCGCUUCGCUGCCGAUGAGUUUCUUCUGUUUGGUCUUCGAUGCCCACGUUCCUUCGGCGUCUGUUUGGUCUCCCAAGCAAACUUUUAUGCCUUCCUUUCAACUCGUUACGGACUUCGCUUAGGCCACAACAGCCACUUUUCCCCUGCGCCAUGGACAUCACGCAUGCUACUUUCCCCGGGGAGCUGAUCAAAAUCAUUCAGCACAUUGCAGAUAGCCGUUUCGUCGCUUUCGACCUUGAGUUUUCAGGGGUUGCUGCUAGAAGAUCUGCUGGAGGCUCGGGGAAAUUGUCCUUACAGGAGUACUAUCAAGAUCUGAGAUCGGCUGCUCAAAUUUAUCAGAUACUACAGAUUGGCCUGACCAUUGUCAGCGAAGAUACUGAGAAAGGACGUUACGUUGCCCGACCAUACAACUUCCAUCUCAGCCCUCUGCCAGCUACGAAAGAACAGGUCUUCCGGCGGGUAUGGUCAUACAAUAGCGGUGCAAUUUCAUUUCUAAUGCGCAAUGGAUUUAACAUUGAACGGCCCUUUUCCGAUGGCGUGCACUACCUGUCCCGUGAAGAAGAGCAGCAGGUGCGCCAGAAGCUCUCCGACGAUGACAAGGUCAGGUCGGAAAUCCCAGACAUGAUUCUCAAAGACGAAGAUUCAGUCUUGGUGAACCACAUCAAAGAGUCGGUCAACGAAUGGCAGUCUCUACCAACCGAAGAGCAGGAAAACUAUCUUAAUAUUCCCGCCGAAGAUGCUCAGGACCCCAUCCCUUCUGAGCUCAGUCGAUAUCAAGUCCGCUUGACACACCAGAUCGUUAGAAACGAAUGGCCGAAGCUCAAAACCCGGGGAAUGGGCCACUUUGUGCAAAUUACCAAACCGACGGACGAGCAGCAAGCAAGUUGGCGAGAACUGCGCGCCCAGACUCGUGAGCGAGAAAUCGCGCAUGCCGUUGGCUUCCGAUGGGUGAUUGAAGCGAUAAUGGGCGGUGAUAUUUCAAAACUGCCACAUUAUUAUGUGGAGGCGGCUUUUCCAGAAGGACAGGCCCCGAAAGAUACUCCGGGCUUCCUGAACCAGCUCCAACAGGAUUUGCGAAAGGGGACUCGAGCAUUUGUCGGACACAAUUGUCUGACCGACCUCAUCAACCUCUACAGAUGUUUCAUUGGUGACCUGCCUGAACGAGUAGAGGACUUCAGUGCCCGGGUAAUCGAGCUGUUCCCCAUUGUUCUUGACACGAAAUACCUUGCUGGUGUGGGGAGUAAACGUUGGGCCGACACAUCUCUGAAAGCGGUGGAAAGCGACCUGAGCUCUGUGGGAGUUCCGCGCAUACACUUGCCUCCGGAUUUCGACCGUUACCUGCACGCUGCAACCUAUCACGAGGCUGGCUUUGAUAGUUUUGUUACGGCGAAGAUCGGUCUCAAGCUGCCAGGGAAGCUCAAAAGAGAGGUGAAGGACUUGGACCCUCCAAUAGGAAGCUCUGCUCCCACAAUGGAAGAGACAACAACCACAUCGGCUGAAGCCAAGGUGAAAGAUGUUGCAGUUGAGUCGGAAGUGCCGAAAAAAGGCCUAACCACGAGCGUGGUUGAUGUGCUCAAGGCCCCAGUGACUAUAGCAAGAUCAAUCUUGAUAGGGUCCGAGCAUGGCACGCAAGAGAGCACAAGCACCCAUGGAUCUGAAAAAGGGGCCACCGUUGUUGUUGCCAAAGAGAAGAACCAACACACUGUGGCAUCCAAGCCCAAUUCCAGGAGCUUGCAGUCUGUCUCUCGGAGAUCGAACAUAUUUGAUAUGCUCGAAGACGAACCAUCAGAAGCCUCCGAGGAGCAGGAUGCUGCCCAGAAGCACGCAGAGACACAGCGCAGAAUUGCAGAAAUGGUGGAGAAGGGCGAACUCUUGCCGAGAUGGGAAGAGGAUGGUGAAUUCUGGAAGUUGAUCAGUAACCGGCUCCAGGCGAAUGCUUGCGAAGAAGGCAUCUUGGAUAUGAUGCGACCUCUCAAGACGUGACGGUCCUGGAACGGAAGGCCGAUAGAUACAUCAUCUACCUUUGUACUUCAGCUUGAACACCCACUGCAUUGGAAGGUGUCUAUCUCGAUUAUACCAGGGUGAUUGUCACUUUUUCUAUCUA